AUGAGUAAAGAAAUUGUUGGCACUGAUCCAACUGAGCCUACGAUUCCUGAAAAGCAAAAUAUGACAAUUAUUGAACCAAGUAUUGAUGCAAUCGUGAAAGAUAAAGUAGAACCUAAGGAGACGGAACAAAGGGAAGUGGAAUCCGAGAAAUCAGAACAAAAGGAAGAAGAGCAAAAGGAAGAAGAGCAAAAGGAAGAGCAAAAGGAAGAGCAAAAGGAAGAACAAAAAGAAGAACAAAAGGAAGAAGAACAAAAAGAAGAACAAAAAGAAGAACAAAAAGAAGAACAAAAAGAAGAACAAAAAGAAGAACAAAAAGAAGAACAAAAAGAAGAACAAAAGGAAGAACAAAAAGAGCAAGACGUCAAGAAAUUAGAUGAAAUUUCUUUAAAUGAAGAGGAAAACAACGAAAAACAAGAUGACGAUGACGAUGAUACACCACAGCUACCACCUAGACGUUCUCAAGAGGAAUCGAAACAUGUGAAAAAAGAAGAAGAAAUUGAAAUUCCUAAAAUGAACCCCUUAUUGGUUCAACUUAGAGAAGCAUUUCCAAAUGUGCAAGAAAAAUAUAUAAAUGCAAUUAUUUUGGCUUCACAAGGGAAUUUAUCUAAUGCUUAUAAUGCAUUGUUAUAUAUUGUUGAUCCAGAAUUUGCCAAAGAAGUUGUUAUUCCUACAAAGCCUGUCGUGACAGGUAUAAAUGGUGCUAGUGCAGACACUACUAUUCCUCAUGAACUAGAGAAUAAACUUGCAAACACCAGUAGCAUCACUUCUGCCACACCAUUGUCGCAGAUUGAACAGGAUGAGUUGUUGGCACGUCAAUUAAAUGAAAGAUAUAAUAAUACCUCUGGGAAAGUUGGUACUAAUAGAAGGAGAACCACCGAUACUAGUGCACGCUCACGUCCACGUCAACAUCCACGUAGACAAUUAAGAAACUAUGAUGAAGGGGAUGAAGGGGAUGGAGAUGACGAAGACGAAGAUUUUAUUACUAAUUUUGUUGAAAAAGAUUUGCCCGUGAUUAAAGAUAAUGUAAACAAGAAUAUUAAGGAAACAUCCAAUAAAAUUGGCCAGUGGUUUAAUUCUGUUAAACAAUCGUGGUAUGAAGAUGGAAACAAUGGCGCUGCUACCAAUGGUAGUUCGAACUAUAACAACUCUUCCUUGGAGGAUAAAUUUGAACAAAAUUUUGAAAAUGAUAGCAAUAAUUAUAACAACAAUGAUUUAGAUGAUGAGAUUUAUAUUAAUGACUAUGUUAAAAAAGUUAAGCCCACUAGCACUGAUGUAAUUAAUAAUAAACCGUAUUUGGCUGAAAGACCUGCUAGCGGCAGAACAAGAUUUAAUUCGUUUGGUAUUUCUACGGAUGGAUCUAAUGCUACAGCCAGAACUAAGAUUUUAAUGGAAUCGCCAACAAUAAAAGAUCACGAGAAUGAACAAAGUGUGAUUAAAAAUACUGCAUCAACCAUUGCAGAUAUUGGUAUUAAGGAGGGAGAUGAAGAUGAAAAAACACCUAAAUUACCACCAAGGACGCCAAUCCAAGAAAAGGAUGGUGCUAUAGCUACUGGCACCAGUGUUAAUGAUAACAAUAAUAAAUCUUUAAAAGUUGAGACCGUCUUAAUUGACUCGCCAUCCACUGAAGACAAAACUAAAAAAGCCAACAAUAGACUGGCCCAACACAGUUUAAGAAUCAUAGAACCUGAGCCAAGUAGCAAUGAAGAUAUUGCAGCCGGCUUGCCAAAAACUCCAACCAAGAAUAUCAAACCUGUUUCAAAAGACGAUAAUAGUGGGAAAGAGACCGUUUCCGAGAUUGAAGAUGAUUUAGAAUUAAGUGAUUGA